AUGCGUACAAACAGAGCAUCUUCUUCACUCACCGAAAAAUGGCUGCUUUUCACACAACAGCUUUGUCUUCUCAAGGAUCUUGUAAUCAGAUUCGUUCUUCAGUUCUUCAGAAGAGCUAAAUCGAUGCUUCUGAGUCAAAACGUCGUCGUUGAAACUCCCGCUGAGAUCAGUGUCGUUAAGUCUCGAGAUCUCAUUGCUGAAGUUCGAAUCCAUGACUCUGUUUGUAUUGACAUUCCUCUUCCUCCUGAAGAGACUCCUCUGUUAAGAUCGGUCAAGACAUGUUCUGCAACUGCUGUUGAGGAGCCUGUUACUAGUGAGUUUGUCCCUAAGAUAAGUUCUGGUAGUUAUGCGGAUAAGGGUGAACUCAGAGAGAACAUGGAAGAUGAACACAUAUGCAUAGACGACCUCUCAGCUCAUCUCGGCUCUUCCUUCUUUAAAUUUCCAUUGCCUGUUUCUUUCUACGGUGUCUUUGAUGGUCAUGGUGGAUCUGCGGCUUCACAGUAUAUCAAAGAGAAUGCAACAAGAUUGUUCUUUAAAGACUCUGUUUUCAGAGACUCACCCUUUGUUGUGAACACUUUUUUCUUGCAAGAAGUGGAGAGAUCUCAUAGGGAAGCUUAUAAGGUAGCUGAUAAGGCCAUGGAAGAUGAAAGAAUUGUUAGUGACUCUUGCGGAACAACUGCAUUGACAGCUCUUGUGAUGGGACGGUACUUGAUGGUUGCUAAUGUAGGUGAUUCUCGUGCAGUGCUAAGCAGGAAAGGGAAAGCUGUUGAUAUGUCGUUUGAUCACAAGUUUACUUCUGAGACGGAGCGGAGACGGGUGAAGGAUCUUGGAGGGUACUUUGAAGAGGAGUAUCUUUACGGUGAGCUCGCAGUUACAAGAGCUCUUGGAGACUGGUCAGUGAAGAGGCGUUCAGGGUCUCUGAUCUCGGAACCGGAGAUUAAGCAGAUGGUUUUGACGGAGGGAGAUGAGUUUUUGAUAUUGGGAUGUGACGGUGUUUGGGACGUGAUGACGAGUCAGUAUGCUGUUUCGUUUGCGAGGCAAGAGCUGAGGAGACAUGGUGACCCGAGGAGAUGUGCGAUGGAACUUGGAAAGGAAGCGUUCAGGCUUGACUCAGGAGAUAAUGUAACAGUGUUGAUCAUCUGCUUCACGUCGUCAUUUCCAACUCCUCACAGGAGAAGAUUACGGUUUUGUGUUUCUGAUGAAGCUAGAGCUCGGUUACAGGCGAUGCUACAAGGCUAACGUGUUGGUCUUGAGGGGGAGAAAUGUACUCCCUCCGUUCCUAUAGGAUUUUUUGGGUGUUUCACGUAGAUUAAGAUAUAAUUAAUGCACUUUUUGCUUAACCUUUGCUUUAAUGUGUGUACGUUUGCUUCGAGAGAUCUAAUAUUAUUCUUUCUCAUCUCUUUAAGUUG